UUUGGUUUUGUUUUUGAAUAAGAUCCUUAGAAUUGUAUUUGAAGAAAAAUAAGAAAACACAGCUUAAAGUGACUGGUUUCAAGCUUCUGGAAUAAAAAAGUUUUCAGGGAAAUUCUGGAGGAAGGAAAUACAGACACCAGACAUUUGCUUCACCAAUAUGGACAGUUUUUCACUGUUUUUUUAAACAUAGAAGAAAUUUGAACGUUUUGUGGGAACAUCAGUGACCUCUGUGAUUCACGACCUUACCCUGGCAGUGGGAGUCCUUUCCCUGACUCUCGAGUCAGUUUUGGAACAACUUUGAAGUUUUGACAUGAGUGAAAAAGUUCCUCAACCUAAAUUGGUCAAAGACUGGACCAAAGAACAUGUAAAAGAAUGGAUAACUGAACACCUUAACAUUGAUGAGAAAUAUGCUCAAAUCCUGUUCAAUGAAGAAGUGACAGGGAUGGUUCUUCAGGAACUAACUGAAAAGGAUCUUAGAGAAAUGGGGCUGCCACGGGGUCCAGCACUUCUGAUAAAACGUAUGUAUAACAAACUGAAUGAUUCCUCUGAAAGUGACAAUCAAGAUUCCAGACAAUUAAAUAAAACAGAACGCUCAAUUAAAAAACACCAAAAAAAGACCAAAAAUGAAGAAGAAAAAUCAGCUCCAUCCAACAGUGACCAUGAUCUCAGUGGGACGGCACAGAACACAGAACAAGAAGGAAGUCUUCUCAAGGAAGAUGUAUUAAGUGACAGAGUGACUAAAGACGUGGCGGGCGAUAAACCCAAACCAGAACACAUGUCUUGCAUGCCACAUCCCUUUGAUUCUUUCCAUGAUGACAGAAGAUACAUAGAACAUUCUAUUCUACAAGUUGCCGAAACAGGACCUCUCAAUCUUAUAGACCCAGUACAUGAAUUCAAAGCCCUCACAAAUACAGAGACAGCCACAGAAGAAGACAUUAAGAUGAAAUUUAGCAAUGAAGUCUUCCGAUUUGCGUCAGCUUGUAUGAAUUCGCGUACCAAUGGAACUAUCCAUUUUGGAGUUAAUGACAAACCACACGGAGAAAUUGUUGGUAUGAAAGUCACCAGUAAGGACAUCUUUAUUAACCACUUCAAUGGAAUGAUCAAAAAGUAUUUUGAAGACAGUGACAUCAAAGAAGCCAGAGCUUGUAUUCGGGAACCAAGGUUUGUGGAAGUCCUACUGCAGAACAAAACAUCAUCUGAUAGAUUUGUUAUUGAAGUAGAUGUUAUUCCCAAACAUUCUAUAUGUAAAGAAAAGUAUUUCUACAUUACGCUGCAAAGUUACACAGACAAAACAUGGAAACAAAGCACAGAGAAUUCAUUGUUUGUGAGAGAAGGGGCUAGCUCUAAGAAUAUCCUGGCCAAUGCCAAGCAACGGGAUAGAGAGUUCAAAAACUUUCUAGAGAAUUUAAAGUUAUGGAUAGCAUCUAGAAAAGAGGCUGAAGAACACAGGGUGGUGACUAAGAAAGAGAGUGAGGGACUAAAAUUAGGUAAACUUUUGACCAGACACCAAAGCUCACUGGAUAAAUCUUACUACGACUGGUACAUUCUUGUAACAAACAACUGUGCACCAAAUCAAAUAGAGCACUUAGAUUUCCUAAAGGAAAUCAAAUUGUUUGCUGUGCUGGAUUUUGAUCCUUACUCUCAGAUGAAGGGAGUGGUCAAAGCUUACAGAGAAAGCCGGAUAGCAAACCUUCACCUACCCAGUCACUAUGAAGAAAAAACUACCACGGUAGAGAAAAUCACUUCUCUGAAACUGUAUGAGCAGCCCAGCUGGAUCUUCUGCAAUGGCAGAUUAGACUUACAAAAUGAUUCGUGUCAACCUCUGGAGCCACAUUUGUGGCAGAAAGAUAGAGCUUCUCAGGUCAGGAAAGUGAUCUCAUUUCUCACAGAUGAAAAUAUAAUGGCAAGAGAAAAGCUUUUAGUGGUGUUUCUCUUACUUUCUCCAGUAGAAAGCCAGAAAGAUCCCCUCAUUGAAACUUUCUGUGCUUUCUAUCAAGUUUUCAAUGGGAUGGACAACAUGUUGUGUAUCUGUGUCGGCUCGCAUAUCUACCAACGGUGGAGUGAUCUACUACAAGUAAGACUGGAAGUCAAAGAGGAUUUAGCAGAACAUAGUAUUUCCACUUUAAAUAUAGAACUGGUCAACAAUACUAUCCUUAAACUGAAAUCAGUGAUUCAGUCUUCAAGAAGAUUCCUGCCCUCCUGUGGUUCCUCCUCAGUUAUCCUGGAGAAAAUGGAGGAAGAUAUCCUGACAGCCCUGGAAAUCCUCUGUGAAAAUGAAUGUAAAGACACAGACAUAGAGAAAGAUGAAUCUGAAUUCCUAAAAUUUAAGAAAUUAAGAGAAGAACAUUUUUAUCGAGGAGGCAGAGUAUCCUGGUGGAACUUCUACUUUUCUUCUGAAAACUAUUCUUCAGCUUUUGUGAAAAGAGAUGGCUAUGAAGAACUUACUACUUUAAUACAACAGUGUGCAGACUCUCCAAAGCCCAUAUUUGCCAAAAUCAUCAACCUGUACCAUCACCCAGGCUGCGGAGGCACGACGUUGGCUAUGCAUGUUCUCUGGGACUUAAAAAAGAAGUUCCGAUGCGCUGUAUUGAGGAACAAAGCAGCUGAUUUUGUAGAGAUUGGAGAACAAGUAAGCAAGCUGAUCAGCUAUAAGGCUAUCAGCCACCAGGAUUACAUCCCUGUUCUUCUCCUUGUGGAUGAUUUCGAAGAACAAGAAAACACCUACGUUCUUCAGAAUGCCAUCAAUUCCUUUAUAGCAGAAAAGGGUCUGAGAUAUGAAAAAACUUUAGUAAUAAUCCUGAAUUGCAUGAGGUCUCAGAAUCCAGAUGAAAGUGCAAAAUUAGCAGAAAGCAUUUCACUAAAAUACCAGCUUUCUCCCAAAGAACAAAGAGCAUUUGAGGCCAAACUACAGGAAAUAGAAAAGGAACAUAAGAAUUGUGAAAACUUUUAUUCCUUCAUGAUCCUGAAAGACAGUUUUGACCCAACUUACAUUCAAAAUGUAGUGAAGAAUACAUUGAAAGACCUGGACCCUCACAGCAAGAAAGCCCAGCUCAUUUCUUACCUGGCAUUACUCAAUUCUUACAUUAAAGAUUCUACCAUCUCUGUAUCACAGUGUGAGCUAUUUUUGGGAAUCACUUACACCAAUAAACAUGGGAAACCUGAAACUGUAGAAAACAACAUGGGAACCUAUUCCACACUUCUAAUACGAACAGAAGUUUCAGAAUAUGGGAGAUAUACUGGUAUACGUAUCAUUCACCCUGAAAUUGCCCGCUACUGUUUAAAAGAACUGGGAACGAGCUAUGGAAUGGGUAAGUGUCAAAUUGCAUUGAAUAUAUUAGAAGAGAACAUAUUCUACGACUCUGGAUUAGGAAGAGACAAAUUUAAGCAGGAUGUGCAAACUCUCUUGCUUAUAAGGCAACGUAAAGAACACGGUGCCGAAACAGACACACUAUUUUCCCCAUUAAUUGAAGAACUGCAGAAUGAGGAAACUGAACAGAUUUUGACUGCAGGAAGUGAUCGGUUCCCACAAAAUGCAUUCAUUUGUCAAGCGUUAGCGAGACAUUUCUAUAUUAAAGAGAAGAACUUUAGCACUGCUCUGGUCUGGGCAAAUUUGGCCAAAAGGAAAGCACCUAAGAAUUCCUACAUUUCAGAUACACUCGGACAAGUUUACAAAAGUGAGAUCAAACAGUGGCUGGGUAAAAACAAGGCCUGUAAAAGUAUUAGUGUGGAUGAUCUAACACAUUUGCUAGAAAUUGCUGAAAAGGCCUCCAAAGCUUUCAAAGAAUCUCAGCAACAAACUGACAGUAAAGACUCUGAGACUGAGGCCUGGGCACCACAGAAGUCCCGAAGAAGAUAUGACGUGUACAAUACUGCUGGGUUCUUUGGUGAAAUAGAAGUAGGUCUUGACACUAUCCAAAUUCUUCAGCUCACCCCGCUUUUCCACAAAGAAAAUGAAACGCUGAUGGACGCCAUGGUACAGUUUUUAUCUGGAAAGGGGCCCAUCCCUCCAGACCCAGAAGAUGGCUAUGAUGCUGUUCUCAGUAACUUUGCAUCGCACCUACAGAAUUUACAGUCAGAUUUGAAACGAUGUUUUGAUUUCUUUUUGGAUUAUAUGGGUCUUCUGAAACCAAGAAACACCCCUAAAGAAAUGACAGAACUCCUACUAAUUAAGAAAGUCAGCAAGUGUUUCGAGAAAUAUGCAGAUCUUUUCUGCCGAUCGGCAGAAUGUACCAGUUUGUUACAGGGCAGAGAUCUCUUACUCCAAGAAGAGAACUAUAGGAAACGCAUAGAAGCUAUGAGAGCAGACACGUUUUCAGGACUCCUUGAAUAUCUUAAUCCAAACCAUAAAGAAGCUAACAACAUGGAAGACAUAGUGAAAUACUACACCUUCUUACUACAGAAAGGUCUAAACAAACGACUGACAAAGGAGACCCAAAAUUUCAUUUUGGCAAACAUUAUUCUCAGUUGUCUAAAGCCCAGUUCCAAGUACAUCCUGCCAUUCAACACACUGAAAACAAAGCUCCGAGAAGUCCUGAAACUCGUGGGACUGAGCCAUCCAUAUCCUGAUCCUUAUUUCCUAGCCUGCCUUCUCUUCUGGCCAGAAAACAAAGAGCUCGAUGAAGAUUCCGCCCUCAUAGAGAAGUACGUCUCAUCCCUGAACCGGGCGUUCAGGAGACAGUACAAGCACAUGUGCAGGUCCAAGAAGCCCAGCACGCUGUUCUACCUGGGGCAGAAGAAGGGGCUGAACAGUCUUGUCCACAAGGCCAAAAUCGAGCAGUACGUCAGUGAAGUACGAGAUUCAAAUACUUUCUGGCAGAGUGGAGUUGUGUGGGAAAAGAGGGAAGUCAAAGACCUCCUGCGCCUACUGGAUGGUCAGGCUGAAGGCAAGCUAAUCUCUGUAGAAUAUGGAACAGAGGCAAAAAUAAAAAUACCAGUGACUUCUGUGUACUCGGGUCCACUCAGAAGUGGAAGGAACAUUGAAAGAGUGUCCUUCUAUCUAGGAUUUUCCAUAGAGGGCCCUCUGGCAUAUGGCAUAAAGGUCAUUUAAGAAGGUACAUCAGUCCAAAGAUGUUAAUUUACAACCAUUAUUGUGCUCACUCUUUCUAGUCCAUAACAUUUGCAUGACGAUAUUGGCUCGCUAUAAUCACAGUUCGCUCCUUUUCUCUGGUCAGUUGUGGAAGACUCCCAGAGCUUGACUCACAGCAGCAUCAAUCAUUCCAUACCCCCAAUAUGCGUUCCCAGGCUGAUGGCUUCUAUGAGUCACACUCUAAAUGAUCAAUAAAAUCUGUGUAAAUUAAA